UUGAGGUCGACUUUGAUGUGGUUGGUCUCAAAUUCCUUUUCUUUUGGAUGCGGAUGAUAACAUGGCUAACAUGUAAAAUUUGAAAUGGGUUGAAAAUUAAAAGAAUCACACGUCAAGGAAGACAUGGCUUCCUCAGUUUACACCAAAGAGCAAUUAAAUUACUUCAGAAUUUGUCAUUUUGUCACUAAUAUCCUGCCACAAGGGUUGCGAUCCAUUUUUAAACAAGAGUGGGACAGUCGUUACCAGGCAACGUUAGGAGAAUGGAAAGAUACACCCCAAAAUGGAAUGGACUUCUACAACAGGGAGUCUCCCCGGAGCCGAACGCGUAAUGCUCGUCUGCUGGAAACGAUAAAAAAUAGAGAUAGGGCACAGUGGGAUUGUACUACACUCUUUUUUGCAAUACUAUACUCCGAUUCCAUUGGCCACGGACUCGGUGCAGCAGUUCGCUCGAAUGUCGAUGAGCUCAGAGAAUUUCGCAAUGAAGAGUUCGCUCACAUGCCACAGGGUCAGCUGUCAGAUCUACAGUUCAAACUUGCUGUUCGUAAAGUGAAGAUCGCAUUUCAGUGUCUUGGUCUCUCAACCAAUGAUAUUCAAAAUGUCUGCAAGCAGAAAAGUUUUCCGACAGAGGAACUUCAAAGUGUUUUAGAAAAGAAUCAAGUCCUUGAAGAACAGCACCAUAUCCUUGAGGAACAGUUACAUAGUGAUGUUUCUUCAUUCUGCAUUCUUCCGCCUAAACCAUCACACGAAAUCGCACCUCGCGAGAGCGAGGUUGGCAAAAUAACAAAACGACUUGAACGGCUGAGAGAAGCAAAUGAAAAUGGUUUGAGUUACUUAUAUAUUUCGGGUAACCCUGGAAGUGGCAAAUCUCAACUAGCCGGUCUAGUAGCUCAACACUUUUACGAAACAGCUAACGAAGACCUCAAAACCCCCACGUUCGUCAUGACUCUUAACGCUGAAAGUUCAAAAACGCUCCUGGAAUCGUACGCUUCUUUGGGAAGACAAAUCAAGUGCCCUGAAUACACUAUCAUGCAAACCCUUAACUCAACAGAUAUGCAGUUUGAAGAACAAAUCAACAAUCUAAAGGAUUUGAUAGCAACCAAAAUUCCUCUUUACGGAUCGUGGCUCUUGGUGGUCGACAAUGUUAGUAGUUUAUGUGAUGUACAUGAUUUUCUCCCUCGGCCUGGAAACCACCUGUGGACGAAAGGCCAGUUGCUUAUCACAACACAGAACUCUUUAUCCAUCCCCUCUGAAAGCUCGUUUGUCUCUCACAUUUCAGUGAGCGAAGGCAUGGUGCCCACAGAUGCCCGUUGCUUUUUAGCAAAGGUCUCUGGUAUAAGACAACAAGGAAUGGAGGAUAAAAUCGCUAAGGCAUUAGAUUACCAACCCCUCGCGCUGGCUAGUGCAGGCGUUUACAUGAAAAAGGUUCGUGAAAGUAAAGUCGCCAGAAGCUUUGGAUGGGAAGAGUACUUAGAAAAGCUAGAGAGAGGUAUGCGAGCCCUUACUGAAAAGGAACUAACAAAAACCAACCCAAGCUACAGGAAGUCCAUGACUGUCGCAACCAAGCUGGCUAUUGAACGAGCGAUAAACAAUGACAGUGUUGUUAAAAGCGCGUUUACACUCCUUUCCCUGUGUUCUUUACAACCUUUGCAUUUAGACAUCCUUAUGAACUACAUUUUGAAUGAUCAAAAUCCGCAUUUGGAUAAAGAAGAAAUUGCCCUUCAGAUCCAAGGCUACUCUCUUCUUCUCUUCGAUGAGAGAGAAAGUGGAAUUUUUGUUAGUGUGCAUCAAGUUGUGCAUGAAGCCAGUAAAUCUGUAAUCAACGAGUGUCAGGAGCCUGAUGAACACGUUCGAAGUGUUGCAUACGCUGUAAUGUCCUUCAACCAAUUCAUAGACAUUCAUCUACCACACACUUGGCACAACGAAAACUCUAUUCGUGAUAGUGAGCAUCUCAUUCCACACUUGAAUACAUUUGCUGCAGAAGUUGAAAAGGUCUUCCUUCACGAGGAUAAAUAUCAAAUUACCGAGAAACACGUUUUCAACUACUUCAAAUUUUCAGAAUAUUUCAGAAGGCUUGCAGUAAUUUGCAGAAAUCACCGCGAAUUUUCAGGAGCAAAAGUUUACUGUGAAACAGCUUUGAAACUGGUUGAAAUGGAUAAGAAGAUACGGAGUUGUGAGUACCCUGGAGACGUUGAGUUAAAAGAACUUGGACCCACGGAUGAUGCCCUUGUGAGAAUUUGCAAUUUACUAGGUGGGGUUCAGCGUGAGUUGGGUGACUUUCAAAAUUCCAAGGAGAAUCAUGAACGUGCUCUAGACAUUCAGCUAAAAAAUCUUGGACCCCAGCACGUUGAUGUGGCAAAUUCAUACCAUCAUCUGGGUAAUGUACAGUACGACUCGGGUAACCUGAAAGAGGCCAAGGAAUAUCACGAACAAGCACUGAUUAUACGCCUGAAAAAUCUUGAACCCGAACAUGUUGAUUUGGCGAAUUCAUACCACCAUUUGGGUAAUGUGCAAUUUGUGUUGGAUAACAUGCAACAGGCCAAAGAGCUAUACGAACGUGCUUUACAUAUCCAGUUGAAGAAUCUCGAACCUGACCAUGUUUAUGUGGCAUUUUCCUACAAAAGUUUGGGUGAUGUACACCGUAAAUUUGGCGACCUGGAACAGGCCAAGGUGUACUUUAAACGAGCUUUAAAGAUUGAACUGAAAAAACUUGGUCCCAAACAUGUUGAUGUAAGGGGUAUUCAGAAUAAGUUACGUAACGUACAGCGUGCUAUAGAUGACCUGCGACACGGCACGGAACGUUAAGAGGAGGCGGAUUUUUUUUCUUUAAUUGUAACUUUUCUAUUGAUCAAGGUCAGUCAAACGAGGAAAUGAAAAAGUAAUUUACCGGCCAGGGAGUGAAAGUUGUAAAAAUUUAAUACCCAACUCUUCUCUUGUCACAACAAUCAUUUACUGUAGGAAUACCAGGGCUGAAAUUGGCAAAUCAGGGACUACUCAUUAUCCAUAACCUUAGGGGGGUGGGGGAUAGAGGGCUGGGAAGAAGGGGAAGCCAUUGCUCCCCUCCCCCCUAAGGCUCUGUAGUAUUCUAAUGAUCCCCCUCAUUGCCAGUAAAUUUUCUAUAAUCCCCUUUUAUACUCUGUCAGCGAUGACUGAUCCACCUCCACUCCCCCAAAACACCAUGUGAUCCCCAAAAUCCUCCCAGUCUUCCCCCCAAGGGAUCAAUAAUGACUUGCACUUAAGUUUAAGAUGAAUAGCUGCUUGAGGUAGAGAAUUUGAUAAUAGAAUAUUCUUAUGUGCCACUGGAAAUGCAAUAACUAGAAUAAUUUUUUUUCAUAUAGUUUAUCUUAGUUAAAUUUUCUUUUUUUAUAUUUAAACUGGUUAACUAAAGCAAUUAAGUCAAAUAACAGACGUAAAAUAGCAAUAUUGAUAAUUCUGAUUGUAAUUCAACUUUGUAAUAUAAAAUAUAUUCAGUCUUAA